AUGGAGAACCCUCGAAGGCACCAACCUAAGAAGUCCCCCACCCUGCACGAACUGUUCGCCAAUCCACGGCAUUCGUAUCUCGUCAAACUUCCCACUGGUAUCCCCACAAACGACCUUUCACCUGCUAUCAAGAUGGUGGCGAGCGCAAGCCUAGAAGACCUCCCAACGGAGGUCCGCCUGGAUAUCUGUCACUAUCUUGACGUGGAAAGCGUCUUCAAACUCGCCCAGGUUAACCGGUCAUUCAAUAUGAUGUUCAAGUCCAACAGAGCCGGGAUCCUUCUUCCAAUUCUCCAGAGAGAUUUUAGCCCCUUGGAUGAGCUUCUGCAGGUCUUUACAGCCUCCGACGAAGACCUGGAAACCAGGGGACUCACGUACCAGCCUCGGCGCGUCAUUUUCCAGCGUUCCAAGACUCGGGCGAGAACCAUCCUCGCCCCAGGAGGGUUCCGGCAGCCUGAUAAAGGCGAGACUGCAUCGGGCGGCUUUACGCGUAUCGGCAAGAAAUCAGCGAAGCCAAACGUUGCGCAAACCCUGCCAAUGCAGACGGUCGUCGUGGACGAGGAGGACCUCGAUAGUCUUCUCCAGUACUGUCUUGUGGUCCGUCAGUGGGAAGAGCUCUUCCCCCAUUUGCGCUGGAUCAAGGAUCCGGCAUCUUGCCGUUUCUUGGAUGAUCAUGAGCGGCACGCGUUCCGACGGGCUCUCUACCGCUGGUGGCUCUACGCCUUCUACUUCCAUGGAGAACUACCUAGACCACGCGACGCUCAACCAACCGCAUUUGUCGAUGACAUCCGAAUGUGCCAGAUGAGGAUGUGUUCGACUGCUGAACUUCUCGAGCUUCUCGACCUGCUUGCAGCCGUGUUCCACUUGGUUCAGCAUUACAUCUGCCCCACCCUCGAACAGAAUCUCGCUGACGAGGAUGACUAUAGCAGCAGCCAGGCGACGGAUGCCGAGGUGUGCUGGAAUGAUCAGAGCCGGCUCGGGCGGAUCAUUCGAACGUACACCAAGCUAGACCCCAAAGAGCUGGUUCACUACUUCGAGUCCAUCUACAGCUAUCCCAAGAAGCGCCUCAUUUCGGACAUUCGUUUGAACCAUCCGUGCUUCACCAACGACCAAGAGUCUAUGCAAGCCGCCAUCCGCUCUGUCCUAGAAGAGAGGAGCUGGCUGGAGCAGCUGCCGAUCCCUACUGAUGCGGCUGGCGGCAUCAUUCGCUUUGACGACGAGCGAGACGAAGAAAUGGAUCGCCUCGGGCAUGACUGUAGCGUAGAUGGGUCUCUUCCAGAGCCUGCCUCAAACCUCGAGAAAUUGACUCCCGUCGAGGAAUCCAAGGCCUUGCCCGGGUGUUGUGAGCCAUACCUCUCCAUCUUCACCUUCACUUAUUCUCACCAAACGCAGCUUGCCACUGCAAUCACCUCACACCCUCUUCAGGAAUCCACCUGUUCCAAUAAAAAAUUUGGCCUCUACUCAGAUUUGGUGCAGCACCAUCUAUUGGUUCUCAUCCCUUUUCCCUUGUCAUUGAGCCAGUGCGCCAGGUACCCCGUGUGUUACUGUUGUCACCACUGCAGCACAGAUCCGAGCCUUCUCGUUUUUGCACCGUCGCCCGAUAUCAUGAGCGACGGCGCCAAUCCGGAAACCGUCACUUCGGGUCGGUCGCGGGCCCCCAGCGAUGACAUCUCCGCCAAUGGGUUCCAGGCCGACCAUGUCAUGAACGAAGAUGAAGAGGAGGAGGGAGACGAGUCCUCCAGCGACUCGGGGGUGGCGAAUGAGGAACUUCUUUACCUCCCACGCAAUGGCGCACUAGGAAACCGAAAGGGCCUCCAGCCGACAGGUGUGUGUUACGACGACCGGAUGAAGCUGCACAUGAAUGUCGACUGGAGCCCGCAUGACCAUCACCCGGAAGAUCCUCGUCGCAUUGAGGAAAUCUUCAACGCUUUCAAGGAGCACGGCUUAGUCUACAUGGGGCCCCAUAAGGAUCUCGCCAAGAUCCUGCGAGACAUGCCUAACAAGUAUAUGUACCGCAUCGCGGCUCGAGAUGCCACCCGGGACGAGAUUUGCACUGCGCACGAUCCCCGGCACUACGACUGGGUCGAGUCCUUGGCAAGUAUGAGCUACCAAGAACUCCGCAUACUCACAAAGAUGAAGGACCAAGGCCGUGACUCGCUUUACGUCGGAAGCAUGUCUUUCUCGGCCGCCCUCCUUUCUGCGGGUGGCGCUAUCGAGACGUGUAGACACGUGGUCGAAGGCACGCUAAAGAAUGCCUUCGCCGUCAUCCGCCCACCCGGUCAUCACGCCGAGCACGAUCAUGCCAUGGGCUUCUGCUUCUUCAACAACGUCCCUGUCGCUGUCAGGGUCUGCCAAAAGGAGUACCCCGAAAAGUGUCGCAAGGUACUCAUCCUAGAUUGGGAUGUGCACCACGGCAAUGGGGUCCAAAACAUCUUUUAUGACGAUCCCAACGUUUUGUACAUCUCCAUCCACGUGUAUCAGAAUGGCCAGUUUUACCCUGGAGAACCUGAAAACCCUAACACACCUGACGGAGGCAUGGAACAUUGCGGCUCGGGCCUUGGACUAGGCAAAAACAUCAAUAUCGGCUGGCAUGAUCAAGGAAUGGGCGAUGGCGAAUACAUGGCCGCGUUCCAAAAGCUUGUCAUGCCAAUUGCCAAUGAGUUCGACCCCGACCUAGUAGUCAUCUCCGCCGGCUUCGAUGCCGCCAAGGGCGACGAGCUAGGCGGGUGCUUCGUCACCCCAGCAUGCUACGCCCACAUGACCCACAUGCUCAUGUCUCUGGCUGAUGGCAAGUCCGCCGUCGCCGUCGCACGCACUCUCAUGGGUGAGCCGCCUCCGCGCAUGGAGAUACCCAAGAUCAACAAGGAUGCUGCGCGGGUGCUAGCCAAGGCUCAGGCAUACCAGGCUCCUUACUGGGAGUGUCUUGGUCACCCCGGCCUCCACAACGCACGGCGACUACUUCUCAUAAUUCACGACCCGCCCCAGUUGGUCGCGCAGCUAGACGUCGAUAACUCAUUUGAUCCCCACAACGCAUUCGUGGUUGAUGAAGUCGGGCAAUUCAUAGACUGGGCUGUUGAGCACAAGUUCGGUGUGAUGGACGUCAACAUCCCAGCAGGACCUGAGGAGAGCGAUAUCGUUCCUUUCAUUCCCAGUCUGGCUGAAAAGGCCCUGGAGGCGAGAAUCCAAGAGCUGGUGUGCUACCUUUGGGACAAUUACCUCCAAUUAUACCCCGACACGGAGGUUUUCCUCAUGGGCGUUGGCUACGCCCACAUUGGCGUUCGGUCACUCCUGACCUGUCGAGACUCUAUGGGCCGCAUCUCUGGCAUCGUCAAUUUUGUCAACGGCAAUCUUAGGGCAGUCAAGUCAGACGUGUACCAUGACCUAUCUUCAUGGUACAGAGACCACUCACUGGUGUAUGUGGACAACGACCACGCCUGCUGGAUUGACCCCGACCUCCGCCGGCGGGUCACAAAGCGGCGCUUCGGCAACGUGAUCCACAGUAGCGCCUCAGGCUUGAGCAAAAUGAUGAACGCGCACGCAAGCGAGGUCAAGGAGUGGAUCAUGGAGCGCGUGGGUGAGGAUAGUAAUGCGACGGAAGAUGAGAAGAUGGAAUGA